GUGCAAGCGUGGAACCGACAGAAAUGGAUUCCAGUCUUCCGUCACUUUGUUCAAGCUCUCAGAGGAACAUUGAUGACCCCGAGGAAGACAGAGCUUCUAAACAGACAUUGACCAGUGCAAGCGUGGAACCGACAGAAAUGGAUUCCAGUCUUCCGUCACUUUGUUCAAGCUCUCAGAGGAACAUUGAUGACCCCGAGGAAGACAGAGCUUCUAAACAGACAUUGACCAGUGCAAGCGUGGAACCGACAGAAAUGGAUUCCAGUCUUCCGUCACUUUGUUCAAGCUCUCAGAGGAACAUUGAUGACCCCGAGGAAGACAGAGCUUCUAAACAGACAUUGACCAGUGCAAGCGUGGAACCGACAGAAAUGGAUUCCAGUCUUCCGUCACUUUGUUCAAGCUCUCAGAGGAACAUUGAUGACCCCGAGGAAGACAGAGCUUCUAAACAGACAUUGACCAGUGCAAGCGUGGAACCGACAGAAAUGGAUUCCAGUCUUCCGUCACUUUGUUCAAGCUCUCAGAGGAACAUUGAUGACCCCGAGGAAGACAGAGCUUCUAAACAGACAUUGACCAGUGCAAGCGUGGAACCGACAGAAAUGGAUUCCAGUCUUCCGUCACUUUGUUCAAGCUCUCAGAGGAACAUUGAUGACCCCGAGGAAGACAGAGCUUCUAAACAGACAUUGACCAGUGCAAGCGUGGAACCGACAGAAAUGGAUUCCAGUCUUCCGUCACUUUGUUCAAGCUCUCAGAGGAACAUUGAUGACCCUGAGGAAGACAGAGCUUCUAAACAGAAUUUCACACAGUGUCUUGAUGAAAACAAAUUAAUACCUAAAUUGCGGCGUGCUAAAAGUGUCAUAAUGAAAAAUGUGGAUCUUGAAGAUUCUGACGACCUUUUUGACUCACUAUCGGGUAGUGGCGAAGAAUACGUACCUGAUUCCGGAACUGAGGAAAGCGAUACUGGGAGUGAGGCAUUAAAUAUUCAGCCCAAGUAUUCCCAUACAGACUUGAUCAGCAAGUUUUCAUCUUCAGAAACUGUUAUGGAAUGUGACAGUACAUCUGUCAAUGUUGUCUCAGACAUUUCUGGCAAUGAAUCAUGCUCUAUAGUUGUUGGUGCAUGCCAAAAGAAGGAAGGAAAAAGGGUCUACGACAAGAAGCAUUACUGCCUGUACUGCUGCAAACCAUUUUCCAAAAUGGCAAGACCUCUCCAGCAAGUACAUGAAGAUAAAAUGGACGUGGCUAAAGCACUUAGCUUUCCAAAAGGUUCCAAGGAGAGAAAAAAACAUCUAGAUUUCAUCCGCAAUAAAGGAAACUAUGCUCACAAUGCCAACGUAAUAAAAUCAGGUGAUGGAGUGUUGGUGCCAUUCAAGCGACCAAAGGAAGAAAUGAAGAGUGCAGACUUCAUGCACUGUGCAUAUUGCCAAGGUCUUUUUACAAGAAAAGUGCUAUGGCGCCACAUACGGAGUUGUGCUCUUAGACCAGAAUCAGUCCGUUUAAAACCAGGAAAAAAUCGCGUGCAGUCCUUCUGUACUUAUGUUGGUGGCGUACCUUCCAACAUUGGCAAACAAUUGUGGGGAAUAAUCAGUGCAAUGAAUCCUGGUCCAAUUACAGAUCUUGUCAAGAAUGACUCUGUAAUUACUGAGUUAGGGCAACAUUUGCUGAACAAGGGUGGUACUUCACUCAGGAAUCAACAAUGUGUACGUGAAAAGAUGAGAGAAUUGGCAAGGUUGCUGUACAAUGCCAGGAAAUACACAACUUUAAAAAAAAUGGAAGAACUCAUAGAUCCAAAAAACUACAUGGAGACUGUGAGAGCUGUCCAGUUCACAUGUGGAUUUGAUAGUGAAAGAAGCGUGUUCAAGAUCCCAUCACUGGCUAAUAAACUUGGAAAUUCUCUAGUCAAAGUUAGCAAACUGUUAAAGGCACAGGGUUUGAUCUGGAAUAACUCAGAACUUGUGAGAAAGGCAACUGCGUUUCAAGAUGUCCAUCAGGAGAAGUGGAAUGAGUUAAUCUCUGCUACUGCCCUAAGAAACAUCAGAGAGUCUAAGUGGAACGUACCAACUCUCAUGCCCUUUACUGAAGAUGUCCAAAAGUUGCAUGCACAUCUCAAUCAAAUCCAAGAUGAAUGCUGCUGUUUGCUCUCCGAAAGUUCCUCUACAGAAGCUUGGAUAAAGUUGACAAAGUCAUUGCUUGCCCAGAUCAUUCUUUUUAACCGACGUAGAGAAGGAGAAGUUGCUAGCAUGCCUUUGGCAGCCUUUUUGUCCAGAGAUACAUCUGACCAGCACCAAGAUGUCGACUGGGCACUUACUGAAGUGGAGAAAAAACUCUGUCAGCACUUCUCAAGGAUUGUCACCAGAGGAAAACGAGGGCGGCCAGUUCCGAUUCUUCUAACUCCUAAAAUGCUGUCUGCUUUAGAACUUCUAGUUAAAUUGAGAGAAGCCUGUGGCGUUUUAAAAGACAACUUAUAUUUGUUUGCAAGACCAGAAGCCAUGACACAUUUCCGAGGCUCAGACUGCCUCCGUGACUUUGCAAGAGCCUGUGGCGCCAAGUGUCCGAGGUCUCUGACAUCUACCAAACUACGAAAACAUGCUGCAACACUUUCAACUGUCUUGAAUAUGACUAAUACAGAAAUGGAUCAACUGGCAACCUUUCUGGGACAUGACAUUAGAAUUCAUCGUGAGUUCUACAGGCUUCCAGAGAAGACCCUACAACUUGCCAAGAUCAGCAAAGUUCUGAUGGCCUUAGAAAAUGGAAGAUUGGCAGAGUUUCAUGGCAAGAACUUGGAUGAAAUUCAGAUCGACCCGGAUGAAAAUCUAAACUCUGAUGAUAACAAGGAUGACAACAAUGCGGUGGAUGAGGAAAUCUCUUCUGCUAUUGAACCAUCAGAAGUGCAAACCCUUCCUCAAAAUAGAAACAUGACACCACCAGCAUCAAGGAAAGGUAAAUCACCACCCUCAUACUCAACAGAUAAUGAUCAAGAGGAGAUACAAUUGAAAGGCAGCACAACAAGACCUUGCUCGAAAGGCAAAGGACCUGCAAAGAGAACACCGUGGACUGCAGACGAAGUUAAUGCCGUCGAGAAACACCUGGGUUCUUUCAUAAAAUCUUUCACAGUGCCAGGAAAACAUCAUUGUGAAAAAUGCUUAAAGGCAGAACCAGUGGCUUUAAAAAAUCGAACAUGGCAAAAUGUGAAAUUUUUCAUUCAUAACCGCAUUACAACUAACAGGAAGAAGCUUCAGAGCCGUUAAAUAGGCGUUUAUGUAUAUUUCAUUUUCCUUUUUCUAUGUAAGUUCCAAUGACUUGUUUGAUGUGUUUUUUACAUACUGCUUCAGUGUUACUUUAGAAGAAGCAUUUUUUGUCAUUUCGUUGUUUUAAAUGUUUAUUUGGAAAACUUGAAGUGUAGGUUAAUCUCUCACAACUUUAAGAUAAGGUUUUCUUUUUUUAUUAUACAGUCACUAGGCAUCUUUGUGCUUCAAUGGUAAUUUAAAAGAAGCAUUACUUGUCAUUUCAUUGUUUUAAAUGUUUAUUUGAAAAACUUAAAUUGUAGAUUCAUCUCUGACACCUUUAGGAUAAGGUUGUUUCUUUUUUUCUUAUACAGCCACAAGGCAUCGUUGUGCUUCAAUGUUAAUUUAAAAGAAGCAUUUUUUGUAAUUUCAUUGUUUUAAAUGUUUAUUUGAAAAACUUGAAGUGUAGAUUCAUUUCUGACACCUUUAGGAUAAGGUUGUUUCUUUUUUUCUUAUACAGCCACAAAGCAUCUCU